GACACGAUGAGUCCAACAGACGAGCAGAGAGAGACGACACAGAGACGGAGACAGACGUCUACCUGGACAUGGAUCACCUGCUGAUGCUGUUGCUGCUGCUGUGGAGCUCAGGACUCCAGGCUGAAGAUAAACACCAAUCAACAGGUUCUCAGUGUGAAAGCACAGCCAAGGCUGACAUCGUGCUGUUAGUCGAUGGAUCUGGGAGCAUCAUUUCUCAAGAUUAUGAAGACAUUAGGUCCUUUCUAACUCAAAUAAUCAGCAACUUCGACAUCGGCCCUGACAAAGUCCAGAUCGGUCUGGUUCAGUACAGUCGCAACCCAAAUACGGAGUGGCAGCUGAACACCCACCAGACCAAAAAAUCCCUGCUGAGGGCCAUAGCCAAGCUGGAACACAGAGGAGGAGGAACCUACACAGGAAAAGCUCUGAACUACAUCCUCCAUAACAACUUUAAACCCAAUGUGGGAAUGCGUACAGACUCCCACAAAAUUGCUAUUGUCAUUACUGAUGGAGAGUCUCAGGACAACGUAUCCUUCGCCUCGCAGCACCUGAGAGACGCCGGCAUUGAUGUCUACGCUAUUGGUGUAACGGGUGCAGAGAAGAAUGAGCUAAAGGCCAUCGCCUCUUAUCCUGUUGAAAACCACAUGUACAUGCUCAGUGACUUCUCAUCCCUCCUGAACAUCAUUGACGACUUCACCAGCAACCUCUGUAACAGUAUCAAUGGCAGCUUAGGACUCCAGGCUGAAGAUAAACACCAAUCAACAGGUUCUCAGUGUGAAAGCACAGCCAAGGCUGACAUCGUGCUGUUAGUCGACGGAUCUGAGAGCAUCAGUUCUGAAGACUAUGAAAACAUUAAGUCCUUUCUAACUCAAACAGUCAGCAACUUCGAUAUCGGCCCUGACAAAGUCCAGAUCGGUCUGGUUCAGUAUGAAAGCACCCCAAGGACCGAGUGGCAUCUGAACACCCACCAGACCAAACAAUCCCUGCUGGAGGCCAUGGCCAAGCUGCAACAGCCAGGAGGAGGCACCAACACAGGAGAAGCUCUGAAACACAUCCUCCAUAACAACUUUAAACCCAGUGUGGGAAUGCGUGCAGACUCCCACAAAAGUGCUAUCCUGAUUACUGAUGGAAAGUCCAACGACGAUGUAUUCCUCGCCUCGCAGCACCUGCGAGACACCGGCGUUGAUGUCUACGCUAUUGGUGUAAAGGAUGCAAACGAGGAUGAGCUGAGGGUCAUCGCCUCAGAUCCUAUUAAAAACCACGUGUACAUGCUCAGUGACUUCUCAUCCCUCCUGGACAUCGUCAACAACCUCACCAUCAACCUCUGUAACAGUACCAACAGCAGCUUAGACUCUGUCAGGCUGGUGAAUGGGACUACUAUGUGUUCAGGCAGAGUGGAGGUCAAGUUUAACCAGUUUAACCAGUCGUGGUCCUCAGUGUGUGAAGCUGACUUUGACCAGCAGGAUGCAGAGGUGGUCUGUAGGGAGCUCGGCUGUGGGGCUCCUUCAGUCCUCCAGGGGGCGCUCUAUGGAGAAGUGGAGGCUCCAAUGUGGACCAAAGAGUUCCAGUGUGGAGGCCAUGAGUCUGCUCUCCUGGAUUGUGGAAGAUCAGGCUCAAAUAGAAGCACCUGCUCACCUGGCAAAGCUGUUGGACUCACCUGCUCAGAGCCUGUCAGGUUGGUGGGAGGAGCCAGUCGCUGUGCAGGUACACUGGAGGUGAAACGAACAAAGUGGAGACCAGUGCAGGACUCUGACUGGACUCUGAAGGAAGCAGCUGCAGCGUGUGGAGAUAUGGACUGUGGCUCUGCUGUUUCAACAGGAAGGAGAAAUAAUUCCUUAGAGGAAUCUGUAUGGUUGAUCAGAUCUGACUGUGUUCAGUCUGGAUAUGCCCUGAGGGAAUGUGCAUCAUCAAGUUCCUCUUCCUCCAUCGUGGAGCUCAUCUGCUCAGACCUGCUGGUUCAGCCAAUCAUCUCUGUGUCUUCUACCAUGGACGGGGUCUCCGAGGCCCAGCAGCAGGGGUUUCAGGUGCGCCGGGGCACCAACUUCACCAUCAGCUGCUCCAUCCAGCCUCAGUACCCAGGAGGCUCCUUCCAGCUCACCUUCACCUCCUCCAACACAGCACACAACUACACCCAGCCAGCUGUCAAUCACUCUGCUGACUUCCUGUUUCCUGCUGCAGACCCCGCCCAUCAAGGAAACUACAGCUGUGUUUAUGGCGUCUAUGUUUUUUCUCAUAACUUCUCCUCUGAGAGCUGUCUGCUGUCUCUCACCGUCACAGAUCCAACAGUUCUUAUCAUCAGAGAUCCAGAUGAGACACAUUCCAGAAAAGUUUUUAUCAUCACGCUGGUCGUCCUGCUGGUGACUCCGCUGUUGUUCAUCACUGCCAUCUAUUUCAUCCGGAAGGCCAGCAGGGGGCAGAAGUCAGGCCCACAGGAGAACAUUGAGCUGGAUUCUUAUAACCUCGGUGUUUCCAGAGCUGAAGGAGAGCUGGCUGAAGAGGAAGGAGCUCAGGGAGCAGAGUAGGACCUCCAAGGAGCCACAAACCCACUGAAGAAGAAAAUCAUCUUUGGUUUCAUCUCUCCUCUCAGUCUCAGCCAGGUUUUUGCAGCCCAGUACGGCGAGGAACCAGCACCAACGCUCAGUGCCACAACAGGAAGUAGUGAGACCUUUAUUAAGACCAGUAGAAGAAGAGCAGAGAGAUCUGAUUGGACCAUUUGUACCAUAAUUAUCUGUAUAUAGUUAUAUUUUAUCAUUAUUAACUUCUCUCUUUUUUUACUUAAAGUACUUAAAAAUAUUAAUGAAUCCAGAGUUUUAUGGUCUCAUCUGGGUAAAUGUUGAGUCAACAAAUCAUUUAAAAAUCCAUCCAGAUGUUUGAUAGUUUAUAUAUUUUUUCUUCACUGUCUUUUAUAUACUAUAUACUACUUACUCAGGUGAAAUCUGUUAUUGCAUUUUAUUUAAAUAUUUGCUUUUUGAGUUAAUGAAACUGAAUAAAAGAAAAAGUUAUCGAGUGAAAUCAAAUGUUUUAUCUUUGUUUUGCUGUUUUCAAGAAAAAAUUUGGAUGUUUGACAGAAUUUAAAGCACAUGUGUUUCUGCUGAAUGUUCACUCAUUUACUGUAUGUGACAGUUUCAUGCUAAUAAAUCAGU